AUGAAGUUAAUUAGCUCAAUACGUGAAGAACAACUGCAGCACCAACAGAGUAUACUGCUGAAAAUAGAAUCGCUGACUCAAAAGCAGCAAGUUCUAGGCCAUGGUGACGAUAUACAGGGCACACAAGAUAGGUUAAACAGCCAGGACGAACGACUUGCAUGUCAAGACCUCAAACUUGACAAAAUAAUCUCCGACCUGGACCUAAUGCUUCGACCACCGGCUGACAUGCCACAACAACGGCCCGCAGAACGGCAAAUCAGGCAACCGAAAGACCAGCAGCGUAAGCGGCAGCAAACGCAGGAGCAGGGGCAUCAUCAGGAGCAACCACAAGCACAGCAGAAGCCCUCGUGGAGCCAGGUGGUUGGAAGAACCCGCAAGGCGAACAAGGUGAAUCACCGCUCCCCCCCUCCAAGGGCGCAGCCAUCGGCGGCAGAGAAAAUCGACUUGCUACGGCGCAGGGCCCCAAAAACGGCCGCGGUCACGAUUGACCGUCCGGCCGAUGGAGGUUCACUUGCAACUCUGAUGAAGAAGGUAGCCGGAGCAAUUAACCUCCAAUCACUCGGAAUCAAUGUACUUACGACGAGGAAAACGAGGACCGGUGGCAUCCUGCUCGAAGUGGAAGGGGCUGACAAAGCUGAGCUCCUAGCUGAGAAGAUCCGGGCAGUGUCCGGUGAUUCGGCCAGGGUGAGGCUCCCGGUACCCCGGACCUCUGUCCUGUUACUGGGCAUCCCGGAGUGGGCUGAGGUUGGAGAGGUCGUUGACGUACUCGCGCGCAUGGGAAUUCCCGACGUUGUAGUCGACGACGUUAAAAUCUGGAGGAAUGCUGGCGGCCGAAAUGAAUUCGUGGCUAGUCUGAGCCUACCUCUUAAGGACGCCAUCACGCUGGCGGAGAGCAAGGCAGUCAUCGUUGGGUGGACGAAGUGCAGGGUCAAGCUACUGGACAAAAGCCAACCCACCUGCUAUAGAUGCCAGCAGAAAGGCCAUCUUGCUGCUGAGUGCCGGAACGAGGCGAAGGCGCGACGCUGCCACAGUUGUCAAGGUGAAGAUCACCUUGCUAGUGACUGCACGCAGAAACAACAGAAGCAGCCAGACAAGGUGGGAGCCUCAGCCCCCAGCGCUGAACCGCAGGAAGGCGAAGCCGUCGGUGAAACUGCCAAGUGCGACACGGUUAACGUGUCAGGAGAGAUGCAGGAUCAUACGCAAUGA